UUUAUAAAAUAUAAGUGCUUCCUCGGUUAUUUGGAUUUAUAAUUCCGCGAAAAAAUGUUCCGAAAAGCAGUAUGCAUAAAACUUCCGCUCUUGCUGAUAUUAGUUUAUUAUAUUGUGGCAUCGAUACAAGAUCAUGCCAAGGAUAAUGGUGAUAUUUAUGUGCAGCACAAGCAAGAUAGCAAAUGUUUUAAUAAUUUAGAAAGAGAAGCAAAUGCAACAAUUCCUCUACAAAUAUCAAAUAGUACCGGAAAUGAGUUGGAAGACGUGGUGCGACUAUGUAAUAGCAGCUUCUCAAUACCAACUGAUCAUAUUAUGCAAUUUAAUACGGAUGGUGCGCUCGCAGAUACAGUCGAUAAAACUGGCAUGUGUUUUAUACGCUGCUACUUUGAAAAGUCGGGCUUGAUUCAAAACUGGAAAUUAAAUAAAGACCAGAUAGUACAAAAAAUGUGGCCAUUAGCAGCGGAUUCUGUGGAUUUUUGUGAAUCAGAAGCAAAACAGGAAAUGAAUGCUUGUGUUCGCACCUACGCCAUCGCAAAAUGUCUAAUGCAACGCCGUUUUGAAGGAACAUGCAAUCCGUCCGCCGUUUAAAAACCUGUACCAACACAUCUUUUUAUGUUUAAGUUUUAUCGUACUUUUAAAUAUAAGACAUAAACUUUCUAUAUAUUUCUUUUACGUAGAUAUUCCGUUAGGAUCUUCCCAAAUUCUACAUUCUCAUAACUAAAUUAAAAACAAUGUUGAUUUAUUGUGCUUUAUAUUCAAUAUUUUGAUCAAAUCAUGCUUUACUACAUAGUAAUAUGUAUAAUGCUUGUACUUGAUUUUCACAUAUUUACAUAUAAGAAUAUAUGUUGCUCUCAAGAUGGCGUA